AUGAAUACGUUGAAUGCAACAGUGAUGGAAACGAACGCGCCAGGCGCAUAUCAUCAUCGCUGGAACUUGCUCACCCCAUCACUGCUAUCCGAAAAUGGCGAUGAAAACAACACCUCUGAGGUAUGCCGAGCGAUCAAAAUCGAGCAUCCGUUUGAUACGGAUGAGCAUCCGGCGUUCUUUCGGACGGGCUCAGCCGCGACGGCCGCCAGUGUGGCUCAGCAGCUGCAACGUCGUCAGUCAGUAACUUCAGCUUCUCCGGUCGCAACUCCGACAAUUCCGCUAGCAUCAUGCGCCACUGCUGCAGCCUCUCUUUCAUCAGCAUUCAGCAAACGAUCUGCAACAUUGAACAGAAAUCAACAACAGCAGCAACACCACCAUCAUCAGCUGCAACAGCAACGACAACAACAACCACAGCAGCAACUUCAGCAACAACAAAAUGGUGCAAGAAUGAGGGCAGACGAAGCACAUUUGACCAGUGAGUGCGAUUCCUCCAAACAAACCCUUGAGGUGAAUAAAUAUUUGCUACUCGAUAUCGAAACACAUCCUAAUCGCUCUCGUACUGUAAACAUUCGUUUAGCCAGGCAACAUAAGCAUAGCUACCAGACCCCAUAA